AUGGUGUUUUCUCCAUCAUACCCUCCAGAUGGUCUAGCAAUACUCCUGGCACCGUCAAAUGUCAUAUUGGCGGGAUGGAAUAUUGAACCACCGAAAAACGAGGAUCUACUAUCAUCUCUUCUUAGUGUAGCUGGUGGAUUUCAAGGAGCAGCAGCCGGUCAAGCAUAUUCGUCGGCGAAUCUUUUAUCAUCAGCCGCAAAACCGCUCACCAAUGCGCAAGUGGCUGAGUGGCUACUGCGAAAUGAAAGCGAUGUCGUAGCAGGCGAGUCGUCCUCUGUCGGACGGCCAAUUGAGGAAGCCGGUCUUUCUGCGGCUACGAGUUCUACCAGCACGAAGGCACCAGCUCCUGCGUUCCCGUUAACGGACGAGGAGUACAAGCAGCUGGACAAGGGCGAGCCUCUUCUAGAAGGCUUUCCUGUCCUUCCACUGUCCAGUAAUGCAUUGAGCAAUACAGAGCAGGAGCUGUUACCCACAUAUCCUCCAGACACCGCGUCAGAGACCCCCGUCGACUCGCUGUUCCUUCAAAAUCUUUCUGCAGCGAUGAAAAAUCCUGCAGUGGCACCUGAUGGGAGCGUAUCGCCGGUUCAGGUUAAUGAUCACGAGGAUACAGCCACGGAGGGCAAUCUGUACACCGACAAUUAA